ACGAGACCGAGGAUGCAGCUGGGAGCAUGAGUUCUGACCGGGAGGAGUAUGACAUGGUCUGUCAGAAAGCCGUGACCCUAAUUGUUGACCUUUGCCUACACAACAGCACGCUCUUGGAUCAGGAUACCUGUCAGGAUUUCCUCUUCCUGCUGUCUGGUCCGAGCUCCGACCAAAAAGAACUAGACGCUACUUUUGGCCUCCUCGUCGGUGUGUUCGUGGUCUGUGGCCUGGCGCUGCUGGGCCUCCUCGCGUUCGUCUCCUGGAAACUGUGCUGGGUGCCUUGGCGGACCGAGGCCCGGUUCCCCAGCGCAGCCCCCACGCCGGCCCGUGGCCCAGAGCACCGCCCGCUGCAGCCGCCUGUCCCGCUGCCCAGCGCCCCGCAGCCGCCGGUCUCCAUGGCGACAGAGAAGGUGAAGGAUCCCAUGGGCUCCAUGGGUUUUCUGGAGGCGGCGGUGAAGAUAAGCCAUACGUCCCCCGACAUCCCCACCGACGUCCAGCUCUCCAUGAGGGAGCACUUCCUGCGCCGCACACAGCGCAUGCAGAGGCAAACCACUGAGCCGGCUUCCUCCACCCGGCACAAUUCCUUCAAAAGGCACCUGCCCAGGCAGAUGCAGGUGGGGAGUCUAGACCUCGGAAACGAGUACAUGGUGGACAAGGAUGAGAAGCCCACUGGCAUCGGCCGCAUCCAGCCGGAGCUCUACCAGGACAAGACCUCGGAGUCGGAGGAAUCGUCCAAGAACGGCAGCAGCAAAAACUGCGGCAGGAUUAACUUCUCGCUCAAGUACGACUAUGAGAACGAAGCCCUGCUGGUCAACAUCCUGCGGGCGCUCGACCUGCCGGCCAAGGACCUGUGCGGCACGUCCGACCCCUACGUGAAGGUCUACCUGCUCCCGGACCGGAAGAAGUUCCAGACCCGCGUCCACCGGAAGACGCUCAACCCCACCUUCGACGAGAGCUUCCAGUUCCCCGUGGCCUACGACGAGCUGGCCGCCAGGAAGCUGCACAUGAGCGUCUUCGACUUCGACCGCUUCUCGCGGCACGAUAUGAUCGGGGAAGUGGUGCUAGAAAACCUGUUCGAGAUCUCGGACCUCUCCAGGGAGACGAACAUCUGGAGGGACAUCCAGUAUGCCACCAGUGAAAGCGUCGACCUCGGUGAGAUCAUGUUCUCGCUAUGCUACCUGCCAACUGCAGGCAGACUCACACUCACUGUCAUCAAGUGCAGGAACCUCAAGGCCAUGGACAUCACUGGGUACUCAGAUCCGUAUGUCAAGGUUUCCCUCAUAUGUGACGGAAGGCGUCUGAAAAAGAAGAAGACGAGUAUAAAGAAGAACACCCUGAACCCCACCUACAACGAGGCCAUCAUCUUCGACAUCCCACCGGACAGCAUGGACCACGUCAGCCUGCACAUCUCCGUCAUGGACUACGAUUUGGUGGGUCACAAUGAGAUCAUUGGCGUGAUGCGGGUUGGAUGCCACGCCGAGGGACUUGGCAGGGACCACUGGAACGAGAUGCUGGCUUAUCCACGCAAGCCCAUCGCGCACUGGCACCCCCUGCUCGAGUCCAAGAAAUCCGAAAAGGAGUGGAAGGCAAGGACGGCCAGCUUCGACAGCCAAGGCUCAUGUCCCUCACCCAGGCCUCCUGCUAGUCCCUGAGCAGAGCCACCUGUGACCCAGCGGCUCACAAGACGGCCUCCCUCCCUCAUCCGCUUCCUGUCCGUCCGAUUAAGGAGAAACACGAACCCCCCCCACCACCUCGAUCGCCCUGUCUCUGUCUCUCUCUGUCUCCCUGCCUCCCUCGCGUCCCGUCCCAACGACUGACCUGAGACGCCCGUCGGUCAGUUGCCCUAGUUGUGUGGAGCGUGCAGGUUUUUUCAGGCUGAAGUUUUAGGAACCGCUAAUCUAAAAUGCGGGCUGUCCUCAGAGUAGAUUAGCUGGACAUUCGGUCUGCAGGCAAUUAAUACGGAGCUGCCCAAGCUGAGGGCCAACAGGCCGCAGAGACUUUUCAGACACUAAAGAUUCAGCUCAGCACUGCAGGGACUCUCUCUGAUGGAAAAACAUGUUCACUCCCAGAAAGCAGCAGGUUUCAGAGAGGAGAGCGGGGACGUGGUAAUGGGGGUUGAAAAGGACACGGCCUCAAAACAGACUCAGAAGCUGUUUUAUAUCUCUGCAGUUCUCAUAUGUUGUAAUUUUACAGUGCUGUGUUAGUGUAAAGCAUCACAGCACUGAGUAAAAGCACUCCAACUUCUGUGUGACCGUACUUUAACAGAAGUAAAAUGCAUUUCUAAAGUUCCAGCUGAGUUGACGUACUGGCACUUUCAUAAACGUAAGCAGCUGUCUGAUUAUUGGAUAAGGGCUGGAGCACAGUGACUUGUUGCGCAGCAUCAGUGUGUUUUCACACGCCGCCAUGGCAACCAUCGUUCUGUAACCGAGAGGAGCAGCAUCGGUGGUUCUCACGGGGGGAGAAUCUGCAGAAUGUGGAGGCAGUUUACGAACACGCUUUAGAAGGUUACGCGAUCCGACACAGGCACAAAUAGCCGAGACUAUAAGUGAAAAAGAGGCAACUGAGGAAACGCUUCUUGUUUAUGGGCCUCUGAAGGUUUCUGCGGGCGCACUUUACUCUACACACCCUUACCUCCUACUCUGUUCGAUGGUUGCUUUUGAGUCAGUCUCACUUUUCUUCCAAAUGCCAACUAACACUCAUGUGUUCCUUCAGACAAACUGCUCAAAAGCACAUGUUGGUUUCACCUUUUAAUAGACUUGUAUAGUUUCAUGUACAGCUGUGCGUAUGUGUGUGUAUGUGUGUGUGUGUGUGUGCGUACGUGUGUGUUUUUCCAAGCAGAAAACCAUACAGUAGGUAUAUAUUGAAAAAAUCCUGAUGUUAUAUAUAUGUAGCCUUGUUGGUGGCCAGGUCUGAGAAAAGCUAUGAAAAGAACUUCCUUAUUUAUUAUUAAGCAAUUUUCUUGACGUGUGUCCAUUGUGCGCUGUCGUACUGUAAAAGGCCUACAGCGUGUUUCAUUUUGUCAGGAACGUGCUUGAUCUGCAACGUGCGGUAAAUGGAUCAUUCUCAUUUCUAUAAACGCGAUCGAGAAGCCUCUGUCUACUGAUAUUAAGUCGUAUUCAUUCAACAGGUCCCUCUUUUUAUUAAUUAAUUGUGUCCAACGCCACCUAAAUUCAUGUGAAUGAAUUUUAAUGUGUUCUAUUUAAAACAUUCUAUAUUCAAGGGUCGAUACACGUUAUAUUGUUUGUGAAACAAUGAUUUGGUUUCUCUCUACCUGAUUCCCAGUCUAACCUACUAGCAGUAACUUUGCUGUAAAAAAUGGAUUUCUAUAUAAGUGAGGCCCACGAAGGUAAAAACCCAUGUUAAGUGUGGGUUUAAAAUGUCUCUACUAGUAUUGAUCUGUUUUUCUUCUAAACUGUACAAAUCUUGGGUUAACGGGGAAAACGUACUUUUAUUUCCACGCAAUACAUAUAAUUUAUUAACAAUGUGUGAGUAUGUUGACAAUACCUUAUGUAGAAAGUUGCAGAUAUGUCAUAUUUCUCAAACAGGUUUAAGAUAAUGUGAUUUCUGUGUUUUGACUUGUCCAUCAUCCUGAACUUUGCCCUGACAGAGGGCUUGUGCAUUUUUGCAGGUGGCCGCCAUUAUACAACUUGGGUAGAAAAGGGUGCAUUGAGUUACUAUUAAUGAAAGAGGGUCAGGGCGAAAGCCAAAGUUGAAGUUGGUCAUACAUUCUAUAUACACUUUUAAUAUAUAUUUUUUAGGUUUAGUGUGACAAUAGGUUCUCCUCCCCCGGCUGUCUAUGCAUUCCUAAUGUUUUGGAACCCCUCUAUACUGUAAUCAAGGUUCCAAGUAACUUUGUGAGAUGGAACAUAAUAAAUUUGCAUUUUUCAGGUUCUGUUAACAAUAUUUUUCUUCCAGUUUCAGGUUUAAACAGUCAGCUCAUUUCACUUAGUAAAAAAAGCUAGAGAGUCAGUGAGUCAUCGAGAUAUCAGACAGGAAGCAGUCACUCACUGUAUUUAGUACAGGUUGUACAGAUUUAUUGAAAAAGCAUUGGGUUUUGUAUGAUCUCAGCAGCAGCCGCUGGCAGCCUCACUCGUCUAGACUGCAGGAGAACACAAAACUCUGGGAGAUGUCACUGAAAAAUGGGGCCCAGAUGUGAAUUGGUGAGCAGAUGCGUUGAGCAGACGCACACCCGGUCUGUUUAGGUCAUUUCCUUGUGAGUGGGUUCACCCACAGCGAUGUGUGUGUUUGUGCUGGGACUUGAGAGUGGAGGCACCUGACGGGAGGACAGGUCGGCGUCCGCAGAGCAGUGGUAUUUCUCUAAUUGGCACGCGUUGUAGUGAGAAUGAGUCAGUGCAUCAUUGUUCAUGCUUGACGUGAUUCAUUGUAGGAUCCGCAAACAGAUGUGACAGUUUGACAUUUGCUUUCAUUCACACACUUGUUUGAAAGGCGAACUUCCUCCAGGCUCUGGUCACUUAUUCAGAAUUAUUGUCACCAACGUGUAAAAGCUCCAAUAAGUUCAAAUCAUGACAUCGUUUCUAUGCUUCCUUUUUUAUUGUGCUUUAUGAUGCUCAUAUCAUUGUGGUGUUUCAAAGUGGAUAAAACCUCUUCUAUCCAUUGCCUGUUUCAAGGACUGUUUCAAAACCUCGUAGCUUUGCCUAAUAUUGUAAUGUUUCUUGAGAUGAACUUGUUUCCCUUCCAACUGUUAGCGCAGCACUGACUUUCCAAUUUUAUAAAAGAUUUUGUAUUUGUAAUAAUGGAAAUAUUUGAGUGUCCUGGUAAUUGAUAUCAAUGGUUGUAAAAGUCUUUUAUGGGUUUGUUUUACAUUGUCGAUCAUUAUCUGGACUCACAACACAAGUGACCCAAUGUGUAUAAUAGAAAUAGGGACAACACAAUAUUUCCAACACAAACUGUCAUGGUUUUGUUUCAGUGAGACUGAAAAUUAACAGCAGAAGACGCUUUGCUGUUUUUCUUCCACGGUGUGUGACGUGUUGUUGGUUCGUGAUUUAUUUAUUUGUUUAUUUAUUUUCUAUUAAAAGAGAUGCAAAAUAGA